CGGAGGAGGCCCCGCUGCUCCCGGGCCGGCUUCCCCCGGGGCGGCCUUUCCCCGCUCCCCGCCCCGGCCGCCCGGCCCCGGCCCCGCCCGGCGCUGCCGCUCCCCGGUAACCAGGAAGCGGGAGCAGGAAGCGGCCCGGGCAGGAUGGCGGGCGGCGGCCCGGCGUGUCAGAACCAUUGCCAUGGGCCUCACCGACCUCACAUGCACAGCUGCCAUAACGCCCAUGGGGAUAAUGAGCUGCCAGUGCCACCAGGACCAUAUCCCAUCAUUGAAGACCCCAGCACCUGUGACAUUGUCACGGCUACACAGUAUGGACUAUCAGAGCGAUGCAGAGAACUGGUAGAAGCAGGAUAUGAUGUUCGACAACCAGAUAAAGAAAAUGUGACUCUUCUUCACUGGGCAGCCAUAAACAACAGACAGGAGCUGGUUAAAUACUAUAUUUCCAAAGGUGCGAUAGUGGAUCAGCUGGGUGGAGAUUUGAAUUCAACUCCCCUUCACUGGGCCAUUAGACAAGGACACCUGCCUAUGGUCGUGUUGCUGUUGAAAUGCGGAGCGGAUCCCACUCUCAUCGAUUGGGAGGGAUUCAGCAGCAUUCAUUUGGCAGUGAUGUUUCAACACAUGCCCAUCAUAGCUUAUCUCAUAGCGAAAGGCCAGAGUGUAGACACAACAGAUGUCAAUGGACAAACACCUUUAAUGUUAGCAGCACAAAAAGUGAUGGGACCAGAACCCACGAGGUUCCUCUUAAAGUUUAACCCCUCUCUCAAUGCUGUAGACAAUGCUCAAAAGAAUUCUGCGCUGCACUGGGCAGUCACAGCUGGAAACCUCAGUGCAGUGGAUCUGCUGCUGGAAGCUGGUGCCAGCCUGGACAUAAAAAACACCAAGGGAGAGACGCCGCUUGACCUUGCGUAUCGAAGUCAGAGUCGCCACAUGGUUUAUAUGGUGAAAGAGGAGGAAAAAAUCAGAAGCAGAAGAAACAACAGGUUGUUGAAAAUUGUAGAGAAAUAUGAGCUCUUCCUGCUGUUGGCGUCUUCCUUGACAUGGAUGUGGGCCGUAGGAUAUGUGAUGAACCUAAAUUCUGACUCUUGGCUUUUGAAAGGAGUUCUGCUGCUCCUUCUCUGUGGAAUGGCUCCACUUAUGAGGCUGUUUGUGGGGCUCAAGAAUCUGCGGUAUCUUCCCACAGCAUUUCUGCUAAGUUCAGUUUUUUGGAUGUCCGUGACCUGGUUUCUCUUGUUCCUGCCUUAUGUAACCAAUGCAAUUCUGAAAAUCACUGUCUUGUUCAGCAUGAUGGGUUUUCUUUAUUAUCUCUAUAAAACUUGGAGAACUGAUCCUGGAUACAUUAAGAAUUCAGAAAAAGAAAGAAAAGAGAACAUUGUAGCUCUUGCAGAAGCAGGUUGCUUGGACUUCAGAACAUUUUGCACGUCGUGUCUUGUCCGGAAGCCUGUGAGAUCCGUGCAUUGCCUGGCGUGUGAUUCCUGCGUAGCCAGAUACGACCAGCAUUCCGUGUGGAUCGGUCAGUGCGUAGGCGUUGGGAACCACCGUUACUACCUGUUGUUCCUGUUUUUCCUCACUCUGACAGGUGUCUGUCUGCUUCAUGGAACUCGUCUGUAUUGGACAAACCAUUGCACAACAAGUUACCAUGAAGAUGGACUGUGGACGUGCUUCACGCAGAUCAUGUCUUGUUCUCCAUGGGUUUCCUACUUCUCUGUACUCACCUAUUUUCACACUACGUGGGCAUCCCUGGGGCUGACUGUUCAGCUUUGUCAGAUCGCAUUCUUGGGAUUGACUUCACGUGAGAGAUCGAACCUCCUGAUACAGAGAAAAUCUUGCAAACAUCCUGUUUCGCUCAGGAGAACCCCAUAUAAUCUCGGAUGCUUCCAGAAUCUUGCAGACUUUUUCCAGUGCAGUUGCUUUGGUAUGUUCAAACCCAAUGCAGUUGACUGGACCAAGCAGUACAACCUUUUUCAUCUGUCAAAGGAGAAAAAUGUUCAUUCUGUAUGAAGUUUUGCUUCAUUUUGGUUGAGCUGAAAGCUAAAUAAAACUGGUCAUUUGGUUAAUUCUUACAAACA